UCUUCCCACGAGGAAGGGCGCUAGAUUUUCCCCACUCUGCUUUCACGGUAGGGUGGUUUCUCCCUCCUCCCCUCCACGGGUACUGGAUGGUCUCGCCUCCCCCCACGCCCCGUGCCGCCGCCGCUGCCGGAGAGUGAGCGGCCCGGGCAGGAAGCGCCGGACGAGCCCACUGCGCGGCCGCCGUGGGGGAAGCAAGGCCAAUUCCUCUAAGUGAAGGUUUUCGCCCCGGAGAGGAGGCGGCGCCCGGGAUCGGCCGCGCCCUCCGCUAGAGUGCGGGCUUCGGGACAGUCCAUUGUUGCUGAGGGGUAGGGGUGGGCGUGGCGGCGCCGCCUCCUCCAGGAACACUCCCCGGCUGACCGCGCUUGCUUGUCCUGCUGGAGCCGCGGCGCCAAGAUGAGCGGAGAAGAGAACCCAGCCAGCAAGCCCACGCCGGUGCAGGACGUGCAGGGCGACGGGCGCUGGAUGUCCCUGCACCAUCGGUUCGUAGCCGACAGCAAAGAUAAAGAACCCGAAGUCGUCUUCAUCGGGGACUCCUUAGUCCAGCUAAUGCACCAGUGCGAGAUCUGGCGGGAGCUCUUUUCCCCUCUUCAUGCACUUAACUUUGGCAUUGGCGGUGACAACACGCAGCACGUGCUGUGGCGUCUGGAGAACGGGGAGCUGGAACACAUCCGGCCCAAGAUUGUGGUGGUCUGGGUGGGUACCAAUAACCACGGGCACACCGCAGAGCAGGUGGCUGGAGGCAUCAAGGCCAUCGUGCAACUGGUGAACCAGCGGCAGCCCCAGGCCCGGGUCGUGGUGCUGGGCCUGCUUCCUCGGGGCCAGCACCCCAACCCACUUCGCGAGAAAAACGGACAGGUGAAUGAGCUGGUACGGGCAGCACUGGCUGGCCACCCACGGGCGCACUUCCUGGAUGCAGACCCUGGCUUUGUGCACUCAGAUGGUACCAUAAGCCACCAUGACAUGUAUGAUUACCUGCAUCUCAGCCGGCUGGGGUACACACCUGUUUGCCGGACCCUGCACUCCCUGCUUCUGCGUCUGCUCGCCCAAGACCAGGGACAGGGUGGUGCUCCCCUGCCAGAACCCACACCCUAAGCAUCUACCUUCCUGCAACAUUAAAUUUUCAUUCUUCAGUC